AUGGUGGUUUCCAGUCAGCGACUGGAGAGCUUCAUCGAGCUGUCUAGUUAUCACCUGAGUGACUGCCAAGCGUCUCGGCUGACUUCCUCCAUCCCACCCAGUAACCUGGGCCGGUUUGACUACAUCAGUGAAUUUCAGUUUGAUCUGUUCAUCAGGCUUGUUGUUGUUCGAGAGACUCAGAGGGCGAUUUUUAACAUUGUGAACUUCAGCAAGACUAAGAGCCUCUACAGAGAUGGGAUGUCCCCCGUGAUGAAGUCGACCAGCUGGCCUAAAUGGCAAAGACUACCAGCCAAGAAUGUGUAUUACUACCACUGCCCCAACCAUCACAGGAACUACGUGAUGUUUUUCGCCUUCUGCUUUGACCGCGAGGAUGACGUUUAUCAGUUUUCAUAAUGCUACCCCUACACCUACCCCCGUCUGCAGCAUUACCUGUCCAGUCUGGCGCGCAGAAAUCUCGAUUACCUGCAGCGAGAGCAUCUGGGACUCAGUGUGGUUAGUCAUUGCAUGUUUGCUCACUGCCUUACCACAGAUUUUUGUUGCAUUUUUUCUGUUUUUAUUAUGUUAGCAUCUUAGCAGGCGGACACAUGUAAGUGUCUUUGAGGAUGCAUGACUGUGUGUGUGUGUGUGUGUGUGCGCGCACAUGAUCUGCACAGGUACUGGAUCAUUCACAGUGCAUACAGUCCUGUCUCGCUCUUAUCAAAUAAUUGAUGAGGAAAACUCAUUAGGAAUGCUCGAGAGAUUAAAGCCCUCUUUUAGGGCCUUCAUCACUUUCACGUUCGUCAAGGAGAGCCAUGCACGGGAAACCACUGAUGAAAGGACAUUUAUUGAUAAGAAAUAGGGUGUCAAUGGAAAAAAAGAAAUCAGUUUGACAUUAAAUGGGAUUUGAAAGGGCAAAUCUAUCAGGGGGAAAAUAAAUGCCAAACUAUAUGUUAAAGUGAUGCAAGAACAGAAAUACAGACUUGAGGGUGAAUCUGGUGCUCUUAUUGACACCGCUUGUGAAAAAUUCACCCAGACUGCAUAAAACAAGAUCAGAUCUCUAAGUCUUUAAUGUUCACCAAAGCUGCAUUUAUUUUGAUUGAUUC